CUAAAAUGCAAAUAAGAAGUGACACCUCAAGAACAUGGAUAGUACUUGGAAGGAUUAUUGACUACCACAACUUUGUUGCUACAAUCAGAUUCAAUAGCUAGAUGGGUAGCUGUGGGUGUAAAUGACUGUUCCCUGAAAACAGGAAAACUACUUGUUGGUCCUUGUAGGUGUUUCUUCCAUCAACAUUUUCCAGUUCAGCUCAAACCUCUGCUUCAAUUGGGCUUAAAAAAUGUCUGAAUCACUCGUUGAACCACAAAAUGUCAUUGAUUUUGUGGUAAACAAAGGCAAUGGAGUGAAGGGUCUUUCUCAAACAAACCUCAAAAGCAUCCCUGAACUGUACAUCAAUCCCCCUGAAGAAAGACUAGACCAAACCCAAGUUGUGACAAAAAAAUCCAUACCCACAAUUGAUGUGUCCAAAUGGGAUGACCCAGAAAUUGCAGAUUCAAUCUGCAAGGCAGCAGCCCAGUUUGGAUUCUUUCAGAUCAUCAAUCAUGGGAUCCCAAUUGAGGUUCUUGAAAAUGUGAAGGAGGCUGCCCAUGAGUUUUUUGAGUUGCCAGUUGAGGAAAGAAGGAAGUAUUUGAAAGAAAAUUCACCCUCUCCUACUGUGGAGUUGAUGACUAGUCACAGUCCUCUGGUCGAUAAGGUUUUGGAGUGGAAAGAUUAUCUUAUCCAUUAUUGUGAUGGUCAAGAAAUUGAGGACUCCAAAUUCUGGCCUCAUGUGUCCAGAGAUCAAGUUUUGGAGUACUUAAAGUGGACAAAACCUAUUAUUAAGAAGCUACUCAAUGUAUUACUCAAGGGACUUAACACAGACGAAAUGAAUGAGGCAAAAGAAUCUAUCCUAAUGGGUAAACUGGUUGUCGACUUCAUCUAUUAUCCCGUGUGCCCCAACCCAGAGCUUGCAGCGGGAGUAGGCCGCCACUCUGAUGUAUCAUUGAUUACCGUCCUCCUUCAAGAUGAUGUAGGCGGCCUUUAUGUCCGAGAACCUGAAGGGAAUGGCUGGAUCCAUGUAACACCAGUUCAAGGGGCACUUGUUAUAAACAUAGGGGAUGUACUGCAGAUUAUGAGCAAUGACAAAUACAGGAGCAUUGAGCAUAGGGUCACUGUCAAUGGAACCAAGAGUAGAGUUUCAGUGCCUAUAUUUGUUAACCCUGUUCCUGAUGCAGUUAUUGGUCCUGUGCCAGAAGUUCUUGAGGGUGGUGUCAAACCAAUAUAUAAGCAAGUUGUCUACUCAGAUUACUUCAACUAUUUUUUCAGUAAAGGCCAUGAUGGUAAGGAAACAAUUGAGUAUGCAAAAAUAUGACAGGUAUCUUACUCGGAAAUGUUUAAGGUACUAUUCUAUCGUUUCCUGUAAUAUUGGUCACUAAUGUCUGUUAGUCCAACAUUUAUAUUUCAUUCUCUGCUUCAAUUGAUCUUUAAUUAUAUCAGUAAAAGGGGUAUGUUCGAGUUUUA